CGACGCGUCAUCCAGCCAUACAUUUGCGAUUAUACAGCUUCUUCGAGUCUCUGUUAGGACGGAUUUCGUCUCGCGCACAGGCACAGGAUCCGGUGUUUUUAGAACCCCAGGCUACGUGUACAGAUCGCGCAAACGCGAAACCCAAUAAAUGAAUUAAGGAAUUCUUAAUUUGGAAUAAGGAAUUAUAGGAAAGGAUAGCUAUUCGAAAAAUCUGCACAAUAAUACGCUUUUCCGUUUGUAUAUACAUUACAAUCACAUGGAUUAACCCUGUUUGAGGAUUUAAAACUUAUGGAGGGUACGGUUAUACACCCUUGUCUUUCUUUUUGGUUUACUCUUUAGCUUUUGAGUAAAUCACUGGCGAUCCCGUGUGUUAUAAAUAGGCUACAGUUUUGUGACGGACCCACUGUCGUUUUUAUAGAACAUGACCGGGACAUACUUUUCGGUCGACAAGGCAAAAACUCGAUUGAAUACAAGACGACCUAUCCAAAGUUCAUAAAAGGGAUUAUUGCAUCUGGGCAGCGUUCGAUGCUUCUGGCCUUUCCUCUGGAUUUGGGAUUUAUCGCUUCUCGACAGAAUGGAAAGCCGGGAUUUCGCUCCUCCACACCACCUUUUGACGGAGCGGGCUGCGUUGGUUCACCACGCCGCCUCGCGGAUAGCUCCUGGCGGCCACAAUACAGUGCAGCAUCCUGCUCACUUCCAGCCUGGGAAAUACUACUCUCACAUCUCCAUGGCACCACAUUCAGGUGCAUCGUUCAUGGGUUCGUUCCUGGCCAGCAGUUUGGGCUCUCCCCCAUCUCACCCCCCUCACCCGUCCGGCCCACCUGCCUCCCCUUCAUCCCCCUCUUAUAGGGGAGGACCUCACUCCAGUGCCUCUCCCAUCUGGUUCCCACACUCACAUGAAGGGUUCCCCCGGUAUUCAGGAGGUCUGACCUCUCCCUUUCUUCCCAUGAGCCCUUUGGAUCACCAUAGCAACAGCAGCGUUCUCUAUGGACAGCACCGCUUCUACGACACUCAAAAAGAUCAUUUCUACUUGCGAAGUCUGCCAUCCCAGCCCCCUCUUCUCUCAACCAAUCACAGCCUUCCGCCACUGUCCAGGACGGCUCCUGGACAUCCUCUGGGGUCCUGUAGCAGAGAAACAGACUCUGGGGGAGGAGGACCCCAAAAGAGCUCUAAGGAACUAGGAAUGGUGGAAAAGAGUGUGUCGAAAGAGAAAGAAAGAUCUAGCAGCAAAGAGAGACAUCACCACCACAACCAGCAGCAGCCUAAUGCGCUGUCUCACCCACACUCCCUCCCCACUCACAUCGGGGAGGAAGACCACAGACACAAAACCCCCAACCUGCCAACAGAAUACAGGGACGACCCCGUAAGCCAUGGCAAUGACCCCGUAAACCAUGGCAAUGACUCCGUAAACCAGGGCUCAAAACAUAUGACUAACUGUGCUCUACUUAGUAAACUAUCUAACGGGGACUCUGGGUCCUCGUCCAAGGGCGGGUCCCUGAACAGCUGUGGAGGGGCCAGCAGACCCCAAGGGGGUGGCACUGGGGGGGUGAGGCGGUGCUCCAAGGAGGGGGGUGUCAGCGGGGAGAUGAGGAUAAGCGAAAACCUCCCCCCCUCCUCGUCGGACUGUCUGCGCCGAGCAGCCAUGAUGGGCCCCCACACCAUGCCUUCCUACUCCAUGCCCCCACCCCCCCCUCCUCCAACCCUACACAUGGGCCCUUCUGUGGGUGGGGGCUGGCUGCACCACCCCCACCACGCCCAGCCUGAGUUCUACUGCCCUCCUCCCGCCGCCCCCCCUAAAGAAGGAGUGUCGGGGAGGCAGGCCAAACUGUCUGGCCCAACGUACGUCCCCUCGGUCGGGCCUUUGGUGGACUUGGGGGCCUCUGACUGCCGUGGGGCUGGAGGAGGAGGAGGUGGAAAAGGGCCAGAGAAGAACGGAGGGAGAGGAGGGGGGUCUAAUGAAAGUCUUCCUCCUCCUCUUCAUCCUCAUCACCACCAUCACCCUCCUCAUUCUAGUAGCUGCCAGAGGAAGGUGUCAUUUCAGACACAGCAGCCCCAGCCGCAUCAGCAGCAGCUGGGCUACGGCAAGGCAGACAAGCCCCCGGACUGGAACCAGAACCACAGCUAUAGCCAACACCAACAGAGCCAGAAGAACCAGGCCAACCCUGACCCACAGCCCCACCAUCCUAACCCCAUGUCCGGGCCUCUCUCCUGCAGCGUGGAGGCCUCUUCCUCCAGUGGAGACCUGGAGGUCCUGGAGGUAUACCGGCCCUCUCUGCCUCUGGAAGCCCAGAGCGCUCACCCCAGUGCUGGCACCCACGCCACCAAGACCGGGCCCUAUGCCAGUACCCCGCCUUUCCGGAACUGUUCCCACUCGGGUCCCUCCGAGGGAAAGGGGGGAUCGGGGGGGAGUGGAGGUGCCCAAAGAGAGGGACAGAAAGUUGCUAGAAUACGGCACCAGCAGCACAGUAGUAAUGGAAGCGGGUCAGGUUCUGACGGAUCAGGGCCUGAGAGGGGGGCAGAGGGAAGGAGGCAGAGUCACAGUCAGAAUGGUGAGAGUGGUGGCAUAAUGGGGUUCAGGGGUCAAACGCCCCCUGCCCUGAACCCCUGGGGUGUACCUAGGGGUCCCCAAGAAGACCAGAGGAGGACGUCACCUCACACAGAGUCCUGCCCCGACAACAGGACUCCAAAGCAUCAUGAUCAACAGCAGUCUAUGACAGCGCCUCACCCAUCUCACCCUCACACUCACCCCUCGUCCCGCACUUCACCGCACCCCGAGGAGGAGAGCAGCGCUAUGAAAAACCUGAUGAAUUACAGUUCCCAGCAGCCUUUGCUGCUCUCACAGAGGAGUCCCUUUGGGGGCCUUGGCUGCCUGAAACAGGGGUACGAGAGGGGAGAGAAGGGAGGUAAAUCAAACGCCGCUCAGGACUCCCCCAAACCGCCCCUACCCCCCAGGAGAGGAUCCACCAGUGAGGCAGAGAGGACAGAUGGAGGGGGGAGGACGGGGAGGGAGGCAGGGGAGACACAAGGGGAAGGGGAAGUGCGACAGCCCCCCGUGGGUAUAGCUGUGGCCGUUGCCCGGCAGAGAGAGCCCCCGCAACGCCCGUCUGAUACCCCCCCAGGACACAGUCGACAGGGCAGGGUGCUGCCCAGUGUCAAAGGUCUGUCACGCUCAGUGUACCCGCUGGGCCGGGAGGCUGAAGAGAGGAAGAGGAUGACUGAGGAGCAACUAAGCCUUCAUCACCUCGACAGAGACAGAGAACUCCUAAUCAGGGAAAGCAAGGAGAGAGUAGAGUUUGCCCGGAUCCACCCAUCCAGUAGUUGCCAUAGGGACCUGACUUCUCACCUUCUGGUGCCAGGUGGGGCCAGCCAAUUAGGUGGAGACCCUUCUGCCCAUGCCCACCACCAUUGGAUGCAACGGACGGGAAGUCCCUCUCUCUGGAUGGGUCAUUCAUAUGCUCUAAGCCACGCAGCGCUGCACCAGAGUAUGGGCCCAGGGUUUGGCCCCGGCCUGCCCAGCCCCCUACAGCCUGUCCUGCCUUUAUCCCAGGAUGCCUCUGGCUCCCUGGUGGUUCUGCCUUCCGAACCUGGAGCACACCACCACCUUGAUGUGAUGGAGCAGUCGGCCCUGUGGCCCUCGGUCUACGGUGCCCGAGGCCCCUCCCCUCACAUGCAGCAUCAUCCAGUGUACUCCCGUUCACCGUUUCUACGGCAACAGGAGCUGUACGCCCUGCAGCAUCAGCAUCAUCAGCAGCAGCAGCAACAACAACACAGAGCUAUGGAACACAUGCACCGACAACACACAUUGUCACAGAGAAAGGCAGACGACACCACUAUCACCAUUGACGACCCUCCACUCCAUGAGACCUCGAGAACCUCCCGUGCUGCCAAGCCCUUCUCCCACACCCCUCCCUCAAAGAACACACCUCCCUUGCAAGGGGUGUGUCCUAGCAGCCGCCAAUCACCCUGCUGCCACUCCCCUUCCAGGAGACCACACCCCCAACAGCCAUUAAACCCCGCUCCCAGCCCUGCUGCAGCAGCCCCGAGAUCCCCAGCUCUAAGCCCCGCCCCCUCACACCUCUCCAAAGGAGCAGAAAGAGGAGAAAGAGGAGAGGGGCAGCCGCCUCAGGAUUACCCACAAUCCUUAGAACCAGAUCUUCCACCGGGUUACACCUAUCCAGAACUCACCAUGGGCUACAAGGCGGGUCCUUCGCCAGAGGAGGCCCGAUUGACUGAGCAUGUUGAUCUGAGGGUGGAGCAAGCCGAACCCAGCCCUAAGCCCCGCCCACACACAGUCAGGACUGGGGAAGACGAGGAGAUGAAAUCGGAGAAGAUGGAGAGCAGGUGUAAAGUUCUGGAAUCUAGUAGUGUUGUAGAAAGGGAAGGAGUAAAGGUGGGGGGACACUCAUUAUCUGAGCCCUCACUACUAGACCCUAGAGGGAAGACCACUGAAACGGUGCCUUGUCCUGCCCAAGCAUCAGCUCCAUCUCCAAUCACAGUCUCUGAGGAAGCUCGAAAAGGAGACGUAUCUGUGGCCAGCUUGGACCAGCCAGCUUGCUUGAUGAAUACACAACCAGUGGAGGAGAAAGAGGAGGAGGAACGGGAAGAGGAGGACAUCUCCGUGGAGCUGAAAAAGAGCCUCCUACCAGAUGGUACUGUCUCCUUGCCUUUUGAGCUGACCGGACAUAGGGAGGGGGAGGAGAGAGAGGCGGUGGAGGAGAAACAGGAGGUAGCGGAGAAGGAGGAUGAGGAAGAAGAAGGUAGGAGGAGUCCAGGCAAAGCGUCUGUGGAGUUACCAACCAGCCCCCGGUCCUCUCCAACCCCAGCCUCCACCCUCACCCUCAGGGAUGACCCCUGCAUCUGGAGUCUGGAGCUUCUUAUUGCAGCAGCGUUGUGUGCCACCUGGGAUGCCCGCUACCCCCCUGUGCCCCUCUCCAACACACCCCUGCCCUCGCUGUGCCCACCUCCGCAUCGAGGCAUGGAGAUACUGGGGGAGCUGGCCGAACUGGAGAUCCAGCAGAGAAACAGGGACAAGGACAAAGAGAUAGGAGGAGAGGAUGUUUUGACCUUUGACUUGCGUAGCCUGGCGACCCUUGCUGCGGCCCGCAGUCUGGAGCUAGGGGGCGGAGGUACAGACAGCUUGGAGGUGCAGAACUGUCCCAUAAGGAGAACCCUCAACCUGCGACGAAAAUUCAGCUGGACACCUCGCCACGAGCCGGUGUGUCCGGUAAAGGGUGCCAUGGAGACGAUGGAUGGAGCGGAGCUCGCGAUGCGCGUUCAGCUAGCGGAGAUCCAGAGACGUUACAAAGAGAAACAGAAAGAAUUAGCCAAGCUGCAGCGAAAACACGACCACCAGAAAACAGAGACCCCUCACAGCCCAGCUCGCCGGGGGCCUGGACGACCCCGAAAACGCAAAUCUAUGCCCGUGUCCACUGACCCAGAUGGCCCCAAGAGACUCAGGAUGGUGGAGGGGGAAGCAGAGGGAGGCGGAGAGAAGCGGAGGAAGAGGAUGACCAAUCAUGGCUUCCUGAAGAGAAGGAGAGGUCGUCCCAGCCUGAGUUCCAGACUGGCUCGGAGGGCGACCCAGCUGAAGCAAAAGGCAGUGGCCCAGAGAGCUGCUCCGUCAGUGGCCAGGCACAGCCGCAGAGGGGCCCCUAUACCUGGAGUCCUGGAAAACUGCAGAGAAAGUGACACAGCAGCUGAUCCAUCCAGUAUCCAGCAGGACUGGGCACCCAAUCAGGGGGUGAGGAGGAGAAGGAGAGUUCAGCCAAAGGUCAAACUGGGCAGACCUUCAACCAGAGCUCUUCGUAGAGGGUGUGGGGCCUCAGUGAACCAGGAAGUGACAGAGGGGAAGAGCGACAGCGACACCUCAGGCCAGGAGGAAGGGCGGGAAAGCUACGACAGUGAGGGAGGAGCCAAUGAGGUCAGUGAAACAACACCAUCCUCCAAAGGCAUGGCUGCUGUGAUUGGCCAGGCCGCUAGGCUUCAGUCCGGUCAGAAAGCAAGGAGCAAGAAGGACAGGCAAGUUGAUGAUGUGAGCAUGCUCAGUGUGGAGCUGAGGAGGAAAGGAGCCCCCUGCAGGUCAGGCCCUGCUACUGUAGAUGAGAGACGCCCAGAGAUCCAGGAGCCACAGGGGGCUAAGCGAGAACCUGUACCCAGCUGGAGGGCCUCGUUAGUGGCAAACAACCGCCAGGAAAACAGGGGGAUCCAGGGACCUCUGGCCGAAGCUGAAAGCAAGAGCUUAGGACCACAAAGCAUUCUGGGAAAGAGGAGAGGCUGCUGGCUGGAGACUGAAACCCAGAGAGAGGUCAACACCAAGGGCAGGAGGAACAGAAACAAACAGGGGCAGAAGGGCCGUGCUGUUAGCCGGCUGCUGGAGAGCUUCGCAGCUGACGAAGGAUUUCGUCUGGAUGAGGAGAGCAGCUUCUCGGAGGGGGAGGAGGAAGACAUGCGACAUGUACUACACGCACACACAACUCCAGCGCUGCUCAACUGCGUGCUGAGCCAGGAGAUGCUGGUGGACGGCCUGAAGGUUCUGAUAUCUAAGGAAGAUGAACUGCUGUAUGCUGCCCGGCUACACACUCUGGACCUGCCUGACAUAUUCAGCGUAGUGAUUGAAGGGGAGAGAGGAAACCGCCCAAGGAUAUACUCUCUGGAACAGCUACUGCAGGAGGCAGUGCUGGACGUGCGGCCACAGACCGAGGCCGUCUUAACUCCGGGGACGCGCGUGUGUGCCUACUGGAGCGAGCGCUCUCGCUGCCUAUACCCUGGAUAUGUCCAGAGGGGGGGUCCGGGCGAGGAGGAGAAGGAGGCCAGUGUGAUGGUGGAGUUUGAUGAUGGAGACAGAGGGAGGAUCUCUCUUCCCAACAUACGUCUGCUGCCACCGGGAUACCAGAUACACUGUGCGGAACCAUCUCCAGCCUUGCUAUCACCUGGCCGCCGUGGUAGCAGAAGCUCCAUGCAGGACAGUAGAGACAAACCGACAGAGAGACCAACCAAUGGGGAGGCAGGAGGGAGGAGCCAGGAAAGGAGACCAGUUGGACGACCGAAGAAGGUCAAGCCAGGAACCAAUAGUUCCUCCACAAUGGCGUCAGACAGAGUAACCGGAGGUAACCCUUCCUCUUUGAGCUGGCCAGCCAAGAGACUUCCAGCGGACUUCUUCCUGUUCAAUGGGACAUCCCGUAAAACCCACAGGGUGGGUCGCCAGGGAGACCCGGGAGCAUUCCACCGCCCUACCACCCACCCCCAUGCCCAUCCUGUGCCCCUCAAGGGCAUCUUCAGUUCCCCCUUUGAGGUUGACUCUUUCAGUAGCAUCGCCAAUGGUUAUACAGGCGCCUUUGGAAACCACAGGCCUGUUACCACGGUUAUGCCCCUGGGUCUCAGGGAAUCGGUCACCAUGACAACGACACCCUCGAACAGGAAGUCAAGCGACAGGGACAGGAAGCACUUUCUAGUGAAGCUGGACCAUGAGGGGGUUACCUCGCCCAAAACUAAGAACGGGAAAGCUCUACUGCGUCUGGCUGGUGGAAGGGGACACAAGGGCCUCUCGGCAGGGCCUGAUGGUGCACCCCUGAGGUACAUCCACCCGGCCCUGGUGGUGAAGGGCAGAAAGAAAGGAGGAGAAAGAGGAGGAGAGGGGGCAGGGUCCAGAUCUGAGCUGCCCCUGAAAGGGGCUUCUGCCGUUAGAAAGGGGCUCCCCUCAUCUGGUUUAGGGGGACUUGGGGGAGAGUUUGGAGCUAUGGACUACCCCAGUGACUGCCCCAGCUCCUAUUCGGAACUGGAUGAGGAUGAUGAUGAGGAUGAUGGAGAUGAAGACGUAGAUCGAAGGAGAGCAGCAGCGGCAGGCGCAGGACGUUUCCUUUCCCGUCUUUCUGUCUGCUCCUCGUCCUCCUCUUCUUCCUCUUCCUCCGGCUCCCUCUCUUCUUCCUCCCUCUGUUCUUCUGACAACGACUCAUCCUACUCAUCAGACGAAGAGGAGUCUUCAUCAAUGCUCCUUCGCCGAGCCCUGCUCCAGCAGCAGAAACAGAAACACAGACAAAGCGUGACCUCAAACCCCUUAACCCCUGACCCGUCGACUAACCCCAACCCUAGUCCCGUCUCCUCUGCUUCCGCUCCCCCACUUAACUAUGUUUCUAAAGCAGCCAUGUCUCAAACUGGCGGGUCAAGGGUCAGAGGAGGUGACAGAGGAGAUGACCGGAAGGAGUACAUAUCUAAAGGCAGAUCCAGUAGUAACGGCAGUGGAGCCAAAAUCCAAACCAAGACCAGAGAUGGACCAUGCUCCAAUACGCACACUCCAACCCCCAACACACACACUCCAACCCCCAACACACACGCUCCAACCCCCAACACACACACUCCGAAUACCAACGCACAGACACCGCCCUCCCAGCCCAAACCUACCAAGGACCGCCCUGCAGCCAAGAGGCAGAGGAUGUCUUCUCCAGACCCCCAUGCCAACAUGGCCUCCCUCCUGCCGGGUCGCCAGCUGUGGAGGUGGUCUGGAAAUCCUACUCAGAGGCGUGGUCUGAAGGGGAAGGCGCGUAAGCUGUUCUACAAGGCAAUUGUGCGCGGUGGAGAGACGGUGCGUGUCGGGGACUGUGCGGUGUUCCUGUCACCCGGAAGGCCCCAGCUUCCCUACGUGGGCCGUGUGGAGAGCCUCUGGGAAUCAUGGUCUUCCAGCAUGGUGGUCAGGGUCAAGUGGUUCUACCAUCCUGAGGAGACGCGUCUGGGAAAGAGGCAUCGCGAUGGAAAGCAUGCGCUGUACCAGUCGAGCCACGAGGAUGAGAACGAUGUCCAGACCAUCUCCCAUCGCUGUCAGGUGGUCAGCCGUGCUGAUUACGAGCACCUGAUUCGUCGACAGAAGCCGGGGGGUGGAGCUCAGGACCUGUUCUACUUGGCUGGCACCUAUGAUCCAACAACAGGCCAGCUAGUCAGCGCUGAGGGAGUUGCCAUCGUCCCAUAGCGACAACCACGGGGAGUGAUUAAAAUGAAGCCUUAAGAAUGGCCACCUCACCUCUCGUCGACAACGACAGCUACUGGCGCUGGUGUCAGUAAAACAUGGUUCUGUCUGGAAACGAGGCAUUCCUUGGUCAGAAUCUAGUUUCUCCUAGAUCUGGGUCUUGGUUCUGGGUCCUAUUUGGGUGUGGACAAUCCCAAACCCCAACAGGGAGAGAAGCACUUUGGACCACAAUGGAUUCCAUUAUCAGAACUGGGGCUAUCUGAUAUGAUCUGGAAUAAACAAAAAGUUUCAGGAUUCUAGUGACCCAAAACAGUCGGACGGUGUCCCCUCUCCAAGAGGUGUUCUACAGUCUGUCUUAUACGGACACUCAGGCAGUCUGUCAGAGAGAUAGAGACUCCGGUGACUGUCCCCCUAAGUCUUUGUUUUAGGCGAGAAUGUGUUUGUUUCUCAGUAUAGACCUGGUUGAAUAUUAGAGAGAGACAGGCAGGAGCGACCACUCUCUUCUUGUAUUGGGUUAAAUGGUCUCACCAGUGAUCACACUAGUUUGACGAUAAAAUGUGACAGCAGGAUUGAGAAAUCCCUAUAGGACCAAAAACACUGAAGUGUGUGUGUGUGUGUCUGUGUCUGUGUCUGUGUGUGUGUGUGUAUGUGUGUGUGUGUGUGAGCAUGUUUGUGUACUGAGUGGUUGUAAUGGAUGCAUUUGGUACUUGAAGAGCUCAGAGUAAAUAGUGCUUUAGGGUUGGUCUAGUCUGGACCUCACCAUGAAAAACCCUCGAUGUCUUUUAACACUCGGAAAGUAAACCUACUAAGCGUAAAUCUAUGAAUAUAAAUUAAUAUAUUGAUCGAUUUACUAACGGCUUCUUCUCUAGACUAAAAGAAAAGACAAAAAGGAAUGAUUAUUUCUCCAGUCAAGCCAUACACUUCAAUACCUCUGUCAUGUCUUUCUAUUCAGGUGCAUAGAUGUACGUCUCUUUGUGUUUUACAGAAUUGUGUAUGAAGACAUUGUAAACUGUACAUAGUAUACAUAUAUAAUAUACAUGAAGAGAGAAUUAUAUUCCCCUUUGUUGCUCUUAAAGUUGUGUUAUUUUUUCAAAGACUGUUGACUUUAACGUUUUUGUUUUUUGGGCUUUGGGAGGAGGCGGUUUUAGACUUUUUCUCUUCCCAAACUUUUGGGGCGUCUUUUCUGGAGAUGGGGUCCAUGGGGGGGUAAAGCUGUAAAUACGAAAAAGCGGAAAGGCCCAUUUUGGGGUUUAGAGUGGAUUUGGUGAUGGGAUGUUAGGAGGUGUUUUUAUAAGAAAAGUGGAAAAGGCUUUUUGUGUCCAUAUCAUCAUUGGUCUGUUUUUGUAUAUUUUUCUCAUGUCUGUAAUUAUGUGCUUACUCUUCUGUGGGGGUUUCGAAUCUCUAUUGCAUUGUUAUUUUUAGAAAUACUGUAAAGAAACUGAGUUUCUUCCAUUUGCUGAUCCUUUAAGAUCUAAACUAGAGUUCUAGUUGUGCUAUAUCUAUAUUAUAUUCUUAGAGAAGAUCUAUGUAGGUAUUUAUCUGGCCUCAAAAAGAAAAAUAACCAAAGCGCCUCUAUGUUUACGCUUCAUCACAUUAGAAUGCAAUAUGAAGAAAUAUAAAAAUAUUCAAUCAAAUCAGAAUUCCGGGAUCCCUGCAAUCGUUUUAAAAUAAGACACCUGUGUUCCCUCGCACUUGUUGGCAUAAAACACGGUUUAGCGUUCAACAUCAUGUUACCAUGGGAGCCUUUGAAAACGUCACAGCAGCUGUGGCACAUGACAACCACAUGACAUGACAGUGAAGGACAAUCAGAGCCAAUCAAAAGAGGGGGAUGUUGAAAAGAAGAGGAUCAAAUCAAAAUUGUGUGUAACCGUGUCACUUUUUCUUGCUUUGCCAAAAAUGUCUCUUGCUGUUUUUCAUGUUUAUUUUACCAUUGUCUUUUUCCUGACUGUUAUGCAAACCUGUGACGCUGUCUUGGGUUUUUCACAAGGAUAAUAUUUUUUGCCUUUUUGUUUGUGACAUACAUCGACUGACAGUUUUAACAUUGUUACUGUUACACUGCGAAGCAAACGCUUUCAAAGAAAUCUAAUGUGAAAACCCAUAUUAUGUUACUUUUUGUAAAUCUUUAAACGAUUUUUUAAAAGCUGUAUUUUCUUAAAGAAACACUGGAUUCAGUUCUAAACAUCACAUUGGGGAAAGUGACAUAAUCUUUCCAAAACCUGUUUUUAUGACCCACUGGAAACGACUUACUUUGUAGGGUUGAUAUAUACUUUGUGACAUGUCUCGGUCAUUGUUGGAAAAAUAUUUCCACUGUGUAAAAAAACAAACAAAAAACGAACGUUAUUUAUCUUAAUUUUAUUGCCUUUGUGUUGCGUUUCAUUAAACAAAGUAUCAAAAGGA